GAGAAUCUAUAGUCCGAAUCCUUGAAAUUAUUAUAUACAACUACCAUACUACCCCAUAUUGCAUUUCUAUCAUAGCAUUGUUGUAUUCAAAAAUUAAGUGAAGUUAUAUUUUGUUUGCAAGAACAGUGUCUUUUUUUUCCAACCCUAUAAUAUAGUCAUAAUCAUUAAUAAUCAUGUCAACACCAGCUAAAAGAAGACUUAUGCGUGAUUUCAAGCGUAUGCAACAAGAUGCCCCUAGUGGAGUAUCAGCAUCACCAUUACCGGAUAAUGUCAUGUCGUGGAAUGCUGUUAUCAUAGGACCGGCUGAUACUCCAUUUGAAGAUGGUACAUUCAAAUUAAUUUUACAGUUUGAUGAACAAUAUCCUAAUAAACCACCAACAGUUAAAUUCAUAAGUAAGAUGUUUCAUCCAAAUGUUUAUGCAAGCGGUGAGUUAUGUUUGGAUAUCUUACAAAAUAGAUGGUCUCCAACAUAUGAUGUUUCGAGUAUUCUUACUUCUAUUCAAUCUUUACUUAAUGAUCCAAAUAUCAGUUCUCCUGCUAAUGUGGAGGCAGCCAAUUUGUACAAAGACCAUAGAUCCCAAUACAUCAAAAGAGUGAGAGACACAGUGGAGACUAGUUGGAACGAAGAUGACGAUGAAGCAGAUGACGAUGAAGACGAUGAAUAAACAAAUUGAAUAUGAGUACGUGAAUCUUUGCAAUUAGUUUAAUACCAUAUAUAUAUAUGGAUAUAUAUUAUAUAUUGAGUCUAGAUAAACUGCACACUGUAGUCUUUUUAUAUACAAG